AUAUAACUUGGCAAAUGACCAUGUCUACAAGUGUUCUUCGCCUAUGUGCUCCGGUUUCUCAUACACCCCUAACGUAUCCUGCACUGUUUGCGGGAAGCUUAUUUCCGCUGUCCCACACAUAGAAAUAAUUCAAUGUAACAAUGAAAAGACACGUGUGGAGCAAAUCGGUGCUAAGAGGCGCCUCGUUGAAAAGUCGGAUAUUUGUGUGUCUGGGCCAUCAUUUUCAUUUCCAAUGGUGGUAAUAAGUCUUGGUAAGAUGAGCGUCUUUGACGCCAGAGAAAAGCCCUGUACUAUUUCAAAUGAUUCCAUAUCUUUUGGUGCUCAUGUUCAUGGUUCAUGGGUCCCUCUCAGCCUUGAUCACAAGGAAGUCGAUGAUCUACUCUUUUGUGAAUCACUUCAGGUUAUAUUUUUGCGUCCCAAACCGAAGGCCUUUAACCGCAUAUAUGAGGCACUAGGAAUUUCGAGUAACCAUUCCAAGGACGACAAAAAGAAACGUAUCGUAAUUGUGCUUGAAAACGAAUCUUCACGGAAUGUUGUCAAUUCUCUCUCAGCAUCCCGCUGCUUAACUGUUCCUCAGUUAGAAAUUUUCUGCACCAGUGUUCGCCUAGUUGGUGGCGUCUGCAUGCCUGAUUUAAAACCCUCAGUUGCUCAAAACCUUUUGGUCGCCAACGGUGUCCGACCAUCGCGAGGUAACUCAGCCGACACAUCGUCCCACGAUAGUGGCGCGUCAGAAACCUCCACCUCUCCAUUCGAGCCUCAUUCUGAGAACACCAAUCACACACCCCCUUCCUCAGAUUGUCAUCAACCCAGCGCAGUCGAUUCUGAUAAUCUUGUUAUACUGAGCGAUGACGAAUCUGACGAAAAAAGCAGCAGUCCUGGGUCGCCGUCAAACACUCCAGCUGACUCCGAGCCCAACGGGUCACUUUCGAACAGCGGAAAAGGCAGUUUCGUUUACCACCCUCCGGGAUCGAAAGAUGGCAUUCGCCUGACCGACGCUGACGUGGCUUGUCUUUUGCCUAACUGCUUCCUCAAUGACACAAUAAUCAACUUUUACUUAAAGUACCUCUUCUACGAGCAGUUAACGACAUUCCAGCGCCACGCUACGCACCUCUUCAAUUGCUUUUUCUACUCUCGACUGUCGUCUAUUCCUUCCGGCAGUACAGUCUCUGUCAGCGCUGGCGCGUCUGACAGCCAACAGGCUGAAAGCCUCCGCAAGGUACGACACGCUAACGUUGCGAAUUGGACGAGGCGGGUUGAUCUAUUCUCAAAAGACUACAUUAUUAUUCCGAUCAAUGAAAGCUCACACUGGUUCCUGGGACUAGUCUGUUACCCCUGGAUGACUGGCAUGGUCAGUUACACCCAGUUAUACGAGAAUUUCGCCUUCGAUCUCUGUCAGCUGACUCCCAAAUUUGUCGACGUCGACCAACUACCUGUCAGCUCCGCUGAUAUUGGUCUGGAAGAACUCAAAGUUUUCCCCUCGGACAAAAAAGGCGACGCAUUCGAUCGAUGGAGGCGCAGGAGGCUUGCUUGGCUUCGCCGCCGCGGGAUCAAUGCCAUGCCCUGUAUCCUUCUCUUCGACUCAAUUCCUUCCCACUCACGAGUUGGCAACCUCCACAUAAUCCGAAAUUACCUCCAGGCUGAGUGGGACGCGCGACGGAGUGAACGAGACGGCGUCUUGACCUUCAACAAGGACACCAUCCGCGGCUUCAGCCCAAAAGUCCCGGCUCAGAGCAACCUCGUCGACUGCGGCAUUUUCCUCCUGCACUACGUUGAAAUGUUCUUCAAGAAACCCGUGAAGAGCUAUACAAAAGUCUACUUCCAGAAUGAGAUGUGCAGUUGGUUCGAGAGUGAGAUGCUGGGCCAGAAGCGGUCGGUAAUUUCCAAACUCAUCGAACAGAUUUCGCGUCGGACCUCCGCUAGGCACUAA